AAAUUGGCGUCAAUUGUUCACGCAAUCGCUAUUUGUUGUGUUGAUCACUCGCUCUUUAUCGUGCGGUCUUAUCGAAGCAAAUGUUUAUCUGGUAUUCGCACUGCCCUUUAUAUUCGUUAUCAGCUGUACUACCUCACACAUAGCUGACCUAUUUAUCACUCACCUUGGUGUUUACAAAAUUAAUAUUUUUUUGUGUUAAUCAACAAAGUAAAAAAUCUAUCACGAUGAAUCAGUUUCAAACGGAACGACGUCUGUGUUGGAGUUACUUGUUGGCGGCAGUGCUGCUUGCUGUAUCAGUUUUGUGCAUUGGAAUACCGUACAACCACUGGCGCACGACCCUCGACGUGUGUCCCGGCGGAUACUUUGAGAAUACGAAUUGCGGCUGUAUUUUAUAUGGAGUGAGCACAUUCCAGUACUUCAAUGGUGGCCAUAACUCUUACUGCUUAUACGCAGUGUUCGCCCCACUGCCUGUAAUUGCGUAUGCCGUGAUUAUGGCCCUGUUUCAUAUGUACAGAGUGUGUAUUAAUAAUAUUGGACAGUAUGAGGAUGAAAAGUCUACAACUAUGGAGGAAAUAGAGGGUGAGUCAAUAGUAGUGAGUACAAGGACGAGAGUGAGCAGGAACAAUGAUGCGGUUAUAUAUUGCUGGAUCCCCACUUCUAGUAUAGCGGCCCUGUUUGCAGUGUACUCACUCGUACAUGCUUCUAUUGUGACCGCUGGGUUUAUUAAGACAUGCACUCAGUACAGAGGAUAUUUAGUGAGAGAGCUCCGUGCCACUGGGGACCAUGCAACCGCAAUACAUUUCCGACUGGCAUGCCAAGCAAUUUUCGACUUUAUGGACUACCUACAAAAGGAUGCACCGAAUAGCAGACGAGGUGAUUUCAUCAACACCGGUGUGGCAUUGCAGCUUGCAAUAUUUUGUGCAUGGGCAUCUGUAGCUAUAUGGAUAGCUAUUGUCAUAUACACCGCAAUGAGGGCCUACAGAGAGCGACAUGUACUAACAUGCUGUGGGAACUAAUUUAGGAAAGGAGUGUUGUAAUUAUAAUGCACAAACAUCCAGCCAAUUAGACGAAGUGACAUACUUAGAGUGAGGUGACCUUCAUUUUAAUUUGUGAAUUAAGGUCAAAUUAGAUCAGCGAAGUUACGCUUGUAUUAAUUAUUUUUUUGAAAAUUAACAAUUAGUAUGAAAUAGGAAGACAAUUUUGUAUUAAAACGUCAUUGUUAUAAACGGAACUCAAUAAUAAUUCUCUCUUACGGUCAAUGAGAAUAACAAUGUAGACGUAAUGUUGUUAAUUACUAAUUAACAUGUGCCUUGAACCUGACGAACAACGAACUCAUACAUUAUAGUACAUAACCUUCUUUAUAAUAUGAACAAUCUUUAUAAUUAUCAUGAUUGUUGUCUUCAUUACCACAUCAGCCAUAGACACAAGUCAAUUAGUGAAGACUGAGCUUUAAACCGUUGUUGUAACUUAGCUUUAUUGUGUAGCAUUUUAACUUUUAACAAUCCACCGAAUGCAAAUUUAAUCAUUCCAGUAAUUUAGUAAUUUUAGAACUUUUACCAUUUUUAUUGCUAUUGUGACAUUUUUUUUUAUUAAUUUAUAAUUAAGAAUAUUCGUAUUAUGUGUAAAUUGUAUUUUAUUUAUUAAGGAUAGGAUUUAAUGAAAUCAAAAUGUCGUCCUAUGUGCCGUCCAUUUACGUGUAGCUAGUAAGUUAAUGUUUUUAUUUUAAAUGUAUUUUAUUACAUUAUUUUACAAGUUAAUUAUACAAUUU